CUUGUUCAGUAUUGAGCACACGUGUUUAUGUACAAUUUGUUUUAGGUAGUGAAUUUUUAACCUAGACUUGAUAAAAGUAAUAUUAGUGAAUAUGGCAAGGAAACCGAAAAAGAAGGGAGAAAGUGGAGCAGCAACAACAUACAUUUCAAGAAAGCAGGCUCUGAAAAAACUCCAGUUGUCUCUGAAAGAUUUCAGGAGGCUGUGCAUAUUGAAGGGAAUCUACCCAGUUGAACCCAACAAUAAAAAAGCCGUGAACAAAGGUAGCUCUGUUCCUAGGACUUUUUACUAUUUGAAAGACAUACAGUUUCUAGCACAUGAACCAGUGAUCCUAAAGUUUCGAGAUUUCAAAGUGUUUAUUAAAAAGUUGAGGAAAGCAAUUGCAAAAAAUAAUCCUGACACAGCACAAAAACUACGAAAUAACCAGCCCUUGUACAAGCUUGAUCACAUCGUUAAGGAAAGGUAUCCAACUUUUAUUGAUGCAAUACGAGAUCUUGAUGAUGCCAUCUCAAUGUGUUUUUUAUUUGCAACUUUCCCAAAGAGUCGAAUCAUACAUGCCGAACUUGUUCAUUUAUGCAAAAGACUUACUGUGGAAUUCAUGCAUUACGUGAUAGAGUCCAAGUCUCUACGGAAAGUGUUCAUUUCCAUCAAAGGUUACUAUUAUCAGGCUGAAAUAAUGGGACAGCUGGUAACAUGGAUUGUCCCCCACCCAUUAAGCUACUGUCAUCCAUCAGAUGUGGAUUUCAAAAUCAUGAUUACAUUCACAGAGUUUUACACUACAAUGCUUGGCUUUGUCAAUUUCAAACUCUUCCAUUCAAUAAACCUCUAUUACCCUCCAAAGUUACAAGAAGAUUUAGCUUUGGAGGAUGACUCGGAACUAUUUGAUAGAGAUGACCUAAUGUCUGAGGCAGUAGCUGCUUUGAAUCAUAGUUUAAAGUCUGUAGUGAAGGACAGUGAAGAAGAAGAACCACAGUUUGAUGAAUUUCCACAACAAGAAGAUCAAGAAAAAAUGGAUUUGGCUCAAAAGGAACAAGUAAAGAUUCAGAAACUUCAAAAGCUCUUCAAAGGAUUGAGGUUCUUUUUGAAUAGAGAAGUUCCUCGAGAGUCAUUAGUUUUUAUCAUAAAAGCAUUUGAUGGAGAAGUAUCUUGGGACAAAACUCUGUUUGUGGGAGCAACAUAUGAUGAGUCUGAUGAAACCAUAACCCAUCAGAUUGUAGAUAGACCUAAUGUAAACAAGCAGUAUAUAAACAGGUACUACAUCCAACCCCAGUGGGUCUAUGAUAGCAUCAAUGCUUGCAUGUUGUUGCCAGUGGAAGACUACUUCCCUGGAGAAAUUCUGCCUCCCCACUUGUCUCCAUUUGUGGAAGAAAAAGAAGGAGAUUAUAUUCCUCCAGAAAAACAGGCUCUUUUAGAUAUGCAAAAAGGAUUAAAGAAAGACAUCAGACAGAAGCAGGUGGACAGUGAAAAUGAGGAGGAAAAAUCAGAUGAAGAACAAAAUAGUAGUGAGGAGAACAGUGAAGUAGAUAAUGAAGAAUUAACUAAACCUGGGAAGAGGAAAUCUAGUUCAGUGAUCAUUGAUGAAGAAGCCGAGAAAAAACCUAAAAUGACCGUAAAGGCUGGACAGUUUGAACCUGAAGAUAUUAAUGCUGCUGAACGUCAGGGUCGAGAAGAAAGAAAACUGGUAGAAAUGAUGAUACCAAAGAAGAAAAAAAGACUAUAUGAUAAAAUCAUGUAUGGUCAAAGGCGAAAAUCUCGAGAGGCUGAACAUUUGAAGGUCAAGCGAGCAGAAUUUGAUCGGAAUCAGAAGUUAGAAAAAAGACUUAGUAGAGGCAAAUAAGGCAUACAAGAUUUUGGUGUUAUUUUACCUCUGUAUAACUAUUUGUUUUUUGUUGUUGUACAUAACACAAAAUAAUAGUAAAAAAUAUGUUGUUUUUAACAAAUUUGUAUUAUUUUCUGAAUAGAUGUACCAUUCUUUAAUAAUUGUAAUGUUUGAAACUCAAAGCACCAAUA